AUGAGCAAAGAUAUCGGCUCAUUAAUUGACCGCGAUUUGACAUUUAAACGUUUGAAGGAAAUAGAGCAACGAAGAUUGGUCCUUAAAAGGCUUAUAGAUAUAAUUAUUUUUAUUGGGCGUCAAGGUUUACCAUUCAGAGGUAAAGAAGAAGGUGCCCAUUUAUUGAAUAAAAAAGGAAACCAUGGUAGUUUUUUAGAAUUAGUUUUAUUACUUGCUGAUUACGACAGUGUAUUACGUGUACAUUUGAAUCUGUGCAUUUUGAAAAGUGAUAAAAAUAAGCAGAAUCGUGGAAGAGAAAGCUCAAUAAUUAGUGUGAUGGUAGACAGUACUCAAGACGUAGCGGUUAUGGAUCAAUUGGCUAUAGUUGUUCGAUAUAUUAUUGAAGGAAAUAUAUUUGAACGACUUUUAAAACUAGUUGUUGUUAAAGAUUCAAGUGGAAAAGCGUUAUAUGAUUUACUAAAACAAAAUUUUGAAAAAUGUGGAAUAUCAAUGACCCAAAUUGUAGGUUGUUCCUUUGAUGGUGCUGCUAACAUGAAAGGCGCCUACAACGGACUUAAAGCACAUAUAUCAAAAGACAACCCUGAUUUAAUUUACACACAUUGUUUGGCCCAUGUGCUUAAUUUGGUUAUUACAGACUCAUCAGAAAAUUGCUCAAUAUCUGAAAAUGUGUACGGUUUAGUUGAAGAAACUGCUGUAUUUUUAUCUAAUUCCCACAAACGAAUGAACAUUUGGAAAGAACAAACUGGUGAACGACAUAAAGCACAUGCAAAAUUGUAUCGCAUUCAAAAAAUUGGUGAAACUCGUUGGUGGAGCAAACAUAAAGCACUUGCAUCUAUAAUUGAUCCAGAAGAAGAUGAAAUGGAAUCUAGUAAAUUUUGUAAUUUUUUUCUAUUUCUAAUAGAAAUAAUUCAAGGUAGAUUUGAUAGUAAAACCAAGUUUAUGGCUCGUACAUUAUUAGAAAAGUGGUCUCAGUUUGAUACAUUAUUUGCAAAUUCGAUGGAUUAUUUAAGAGCAUGGUGUUCUGUAGAAACUUUAUUGGAACUUGUCAGUAACAAAAGAAAUGAGGAACAUUAUACUAAACUUUAUAAUAAAUGUAAACUAUUUGCUCAAAAACAAUUAUCUAAUGACGAAGUCAAAACUUCAUCUCCUUUUAAGAAAACUCAAGCCACAUAUUUUGAAAUUCUAGAUACAGUAAAAAUAUCUAUUAGUGAAAGAUUUGUACCAAAUAAAGAACUGUUGAUGGAUAUUGCUUGGUUGGGCCCUUCAAAAUAUAAGGAAAUAGUAAAUCUUUCAUUAGAACAGCUUCCAUCUAAUUCAUUAAAUAAACUAUCUAAAUUGGCUGGAGUAGAUAGGAAAACACUAUUUGUUGAAUUAAAACAAUUUGCAGAACAAUAUUCAAGCUUUGCUGCAACAACAAGAUCUGUAUAUUAUGAAUAUAAUUUAAGAGAAACAAUAGAUACAGAAGAUGAUGUGGCUGGUUUAAAACAACCAAAAUGUGGUGACUGCUUACCUAAAGUCUUUCAAAUACUUUAUGAAAUAACAUCAAAAUCAGAUUUGUUUAAUACUUUAUAUUUAACAAUGAAAUAUGUUUUGAUUCUUCCUUGUACACAAGUUUCAUGUGAACGUACGUUUUCAAAAUUUAAAAUCUUAAAAACAAAACUAAGAUCAUCUAUCAAUCAAGAACAUCUUGAAUCACUAAUGUCUUUAUUUGUUGAAGAAGAUUUAAUCAAAUUUAUUAAAAAAGAUGAAAUAAUUGAUCAAUUAGCAUCUUCCAGUCAAGAAUUGAAGAGAUUAUUAUUUUAA